AUGAUAAAUAAUUGCUGUCAUUAGAAAAUAGGUUAUUUGAUAGAGUAAUCAAAAAUUUAGGAAGUUUGUGAUAUUUGCAAUGAUAUUGAAUGUAUUGAAUCUCAUAAAUUUAUCCUAAAAACAGAUUUAGCAGAUUUCACAAACAAGGCUUAACCUUUAAUUUAAUAAAUUCUAACAAUAUUAUAUGAGAAACUACCGAGUUAAAUAGAAAUGCUUAUCGAAAGUAUCAAAUCAUAAUAUUCUGAAAUUAAUAAAGUCUCUCAGAAAACAUAAUUAGAAAAUUUAAUUUCCAUUUUGCAAAAUCAAGAUUAAUAAUAUUUAUUUCAAUUAAUUAAUUUUUAUAUAACAAGAGAUUAAAUAAAGGUAAUAAAGGAGAAAUUGAAAGAAAUUUAAAAUUUCGAAAACUUAAUCUAAAGAUGUUUAUCAUAAUUUAAUUCGUAGUAAAAUAUGAAUUAAGAAGUAUAAACAAUAAAUUUUGAAGAAAAUUAAGAUAUUAUUAACACCCCAAAUAAAAUUAAAGAAUAAAAAGAUUAAUUAAAAUAAACAAACUUAUUAGAAUAAACAGAUCAAUUAGAAUAAACAGAUUAAUUAGAAUAAUUAGAUCAAUAAGAAUAAAUAGAUUAAUUAGAUUAAACAUAUUAAAUUUUGAUAAAAUAGAUAGAUAUACCAAUUUUAAGUUAAAAUUAUGUUUAAAAAGUAAAUAACUUUGAGAUUCCAACAACUUUUAAAUUUAAGCGAAUGUAUAGUAUUACAUGGUUGAGUGAAAAUUUAUUAGGAAUAGCAGCAGGUGAUUACAAUCCAUUUAUAAUAUUUGAUCCUUAGAAACAGAUUAUUAAAUAAUAUAUUUAUUAAGAGAAGAAUGGAGUUUAUGAUUGUAUUUAAAUAGGAAAUAAUAAAAUAGUAUUAGCAUAUGUACAUAAUAUAAAAUUAUUUGAAUUGGUAAAUAAUUAAUAUGUAGCAAAUAAAAUGGAAUUUGAAGAAUCAUAAGGAACUCCAAGUAAAUUAUAUUAUUGUGAAUAAACUUAAUCAAUAUUUGCAACAAAUACAUUCUUUUAGGUAAUUUCUUAAAAUUAUGUAUAUUAAUGGAAAUUGAAUUCUGGCAAAUUAGUUAAGUAUAAAAUAUAAGGUUCAACUUUUGGUCCAAUGUGUUUAAUAAAUAGAAAAUCAAUGUUUUGUUUUAGUUUGUAUGAAUUAAAGGGUAGAUCUUAAAGGCAAAAUUUAAUCUAUUUUUGGUAAUAUGAAUAAAAUGCUCCUUUAAAAAAGAUAGAAACACCAUAACCUUAAUAUGCUUUGUUAAUUAGAUUAAAUUAAUUAUUUGGAUUUGGAUCUGAGAUCACAGUUUGGAAUUUAGAAAAUUAUCAUUAAAUAAAAAAGAUAACAUUUCCUGAUAAAAAGUUAAGUCCUUGGUGUGUAUGUUUAAAUGAAGAAUCUGUAAUAUUAGGAUGUGAAGAUGGACGUAUAAUAUUAUAUAUGACUAUAGAUAUAUGGAUAACAGAUGAGUAAUUUAAUAAAUGGGAUAAAAUUAUGAAAUUGAGAGCAAAGACUAUGAAGAUUAGUAUGUAUAAAGAAAAAUGUGUGAUAACUGCAUUAGAUUGUAGUUUCUGUAUUCUUUAGAUAAAAUAAUGA